GCAUUAUUGUAUGUAUUUAUUUUAAAACGAAACUUUAAUAAUAUUUUGUAUUUCAUCAUUAUAUUAUUAUAUUUUUAUACUAUUUUACUGCUGGAAUCAGCAUGAAUGAUUCUCAAGUCAACCAGGCGAUUCUGUUGUCGUUUCUCUUAAUGCGUAACUUCUUACCACGCUGUUCAACAAAAGCUUCCGUGUUGCUAUAGAAACGACUCGAUUCUACCAAUCACCAUUUGAGAAACGCGUCACGUGGCCUUUGGACAAGACCCGUAUGCGGAUAACACUGGAAGACUUCUGUUGCCAUUCACAAGCAGAAUCCGCUUCUUGAAACAGCUCUGAAUGGACACGAACAUAGUUUAUUGAGUAGAAAAAUGCGCUAAUGGCUUCUAGACAUUUUAAAGAGGGGAAUGAGACGGAUUUUGAGUCCGACUUGCGUGAAAAUAAGGAGGCUGAAGGAGGGAGCGAAACUGAUUCCGAUGCAUCAAGUUACAGUUACUCAGACUCAGAUUACUCAGAUGACCUGGAGCCUGAAUGGCUGGAUGAUGUCCAGAAGAACGGUGAACUCUUCUACCUGGAGCUGAGUGAGGGAGAGGAAGAAGCUCUGCUGGCCCAAGUAUCUGCCAAUCACUCCGCUGCCACCAAUCACGUCCGUUUCAGUGAAAAGGAGGCAGAAAUUAUCACAGACAAUGGUAAAAAGCAAGCUGCCUCCAGCAAUAAAUCUAAAGCAAAACUCAAGAAGUUCACCAAGAUCCUGAGACGAAAGCGGCGGCCAUCACAAAGAAAAGCCCCAGAUGGAAAAGAUGGAGGAUCUUCUCAGCGUCCCACCUCCAUCCUGAAGAAUCAAGCGGGUCAGCGGCCUGGAGUCGUGGUCCAGCAGCAGCGUCUGAAGGACGUGUGCGUGUAUCUGAACCCCAAGCGGCUCGGCAGCACCUCACCUCCAUCUCCUGACAGAGGCGGCCUGUUGGAGGCCUUGCUGGGUGUCGUGCACCGGCCAGGAGGAAAUGCAGGGAAAAGAGGGGAAAAACUCAUCAUCCAUGGUCUGGUCCCACACAGUCCUGCAAGCAAGUGUGCAGAGAUUCUUAUUGGUGACGCCCUGGUUGCUGUGGACGAUGUGGAAGUCACCUCAGAAAACAUUGAGAGAGUUUUGUCCUGUAUACCGGGCCCCACACAGGUGAGGUUAACUCUGGAGACUGUCUGUCCCGUUGGGAGCAGCCCGGACUCGAGGCCGAAACCGCCUCCUCCGGUCAGUCAGCUGGUCCGACUGCUGUGGGGGGAGGAUACAGUCGAGCUCCAGAUGUCUAUCGCACACGUACCACACAUUGUGAUGUACCUCUCACUCAAACUGGACUCUGAGUCGCAGCAGGAGGAGGAGAUUUUGUACCGGUAUCCGGUGUCUGAGGCUUCAGCCCAGCUGAAGGCGGUAAGAGGGAUUUUCCUGACACUCUGUGACAUGCUGGAGAACGUCACAGGUGGACAGAUAGUCAGUUCCUCUCUGUGGCUCAAGCAGCAGUUGGUUCAUGUGGGCUACUGGAAGGAAGGAUCAAAUCUUCUGGUCAUCGCUGUACCUGCCAGCAGGUAAUUCUCAUCUUUAUAAUCAUCCCGCCUGCCAACAGGCAACUGUAAUCUAGAUAAUAACUAUGAUAACUGUCAUUAUAAUCAGCUCAGAUCAUAAAACUGAAGGAUAAGCUCUAUAAUCAUCCUGUCUGCAAACGAGGAUCUGUAAUUUAGAUAAUAACCCCAGUGAUUGUAAUUGGUAUUGAUCCUUAUAAUCAGCUCUGAUGAUCUUUGAAUUCAUCCUACCCACCGACAGUUCCCUUUCUCAAUAAUAAUCAAUAAUCUCAGUAACCUGAUCCAUAAUCCCAGAUGUUCAGCUUGUUCAUGACCUUAGAUGUUUAUUGCUUCACAAUGAAUAAUGACAGAAGAAUGAUGUCUCUCAAGCCCCUGAUACACUCAAUUUCUUUUUCAUUCUAUGCUUAGGGUUAAAAAGAUGUUGAUAGAUGAUAGAUGAAUAUGUAAAUAUGUGCUGUGCGCUUUCCUCUCAAAAACAAAAUAAAUACACAAGAAUACUGACAGCAGUGAGAAAACAGUAGUUAAGAAACCAUCUGAUCCUAGUGAUGUGGAUGUUUGCACCAACUCUGCAAUUCCAGUCACAUUACCUUUAUUUAUACAGAACCUUAUACAAUGGAUUGCUUUAAAGCAGCAGCUUUACAUUAUUAAAUAUGAAAAACAGUGUCAGCAUCUCUUUCCAUUAGAGUUACAACUUCAGUUUCUACUAUAAAGCGGCUCUCCAGUGUUCACGACAGACAGAACAGAGAAAUGAACCAGAGAAGAUUUCCUGUCAGGUUUCAGGAAGGGAAAGAGCGAGGACUCAAUUGCAGGAAAGGAAGGGCUUUAUUAAUAAUAAAAAUAAAACAAAACAAGACAACAAAAACUACCCCGUGGGGGAAAAACAGACUUGACAAACAGGACUCGACUUGACUUGGCUUGACUCAUGGAACACCAGAGAAUAAACGACAUACAAAGACAGGAAAUUACGACAACGAACCAGCACAGGACUGCAAACACAAGGAGAAUAAAUAGGAGAGCAAACAAGGCAGGUAACGAGGGAGGACAGGUGGGGCAAAUCAACCAAUAAUGAGGUAACAAGGUGGGCGGGGUCAAAACAAUAGACAUGAGAGCACAUGGCACAAAGAAACACAUGACAAGCCAUGUGCUCACACAAAACAAAACAAAGACACAAGCACAUGGCCAAUGAAGACAAAUCACAAGCCAUGUGCUUACACAAGACGAGACAUGAACACGUGACUAUGAAAACUCAUAAGCCACGUGUUCACACAAAACAAGACAACAUGGAAGCACGCAGCCCGUGAAACACAGACUGCGUGCUAAGACAACACAAGACAAAAACACAACAUGAAAGCACGCGGCAGGUGGAAAUCACCGCGUGCUACACAAAACAUGAGACAAGAGCGCACGGCAAGUGAAAGUACACACAAACCGUGCGCUCACAAUAAAGACAGGACUGGGAGCGCGAGUGUCCGAAUCCCGACACAAAACCGAAACCAAACUAGACACGAGUGCCGGGAUCCGAACGCCACGCUCCCAACAUGAAACAAGGCACGCAGACAAGAGAGCGCACAGCCCCGAGAACACUCGAGACCGUACGUUCACACAAAAACACGACAAGAACGGGAGUGUCAGAGCUCUGUCACAAAACCAAGAAAUAAACAAGACUGAAGUGACAGAACCCUGACAUUUCCAUCUUGAAGAGGGCGAAGCCUCAGAGCCACACCUACCUUGUGUUACUUCAUCACCACGGACCAAUGGAAGUUCGAAAGGCAAACUCCUGAAAAGAACACAAAACAAACUUCAUUUUGGCCAGAUUUUGUUUGAAAUGAUGUCACACCACACCAGUUCAUUCUUCGAUUUCGCUUUCGCUUCGAUUUCGAGUGCACUACCCAGUGACACAAACUGCAGAAUAUCAGCUCUCAUGUCUUUUAAAGUCUCUUAAGUAAUGCUCCGAAAUGCUUUUUAGAAAAAUGUUAAUUUAAUUAGGGGCCAAGCACCGAAGG